AUGGAAAAAUAAAUUAUUAGUCAUUAAAUAAACACUGAAUUUACAUAUUGUGGAGAUAGCAAUAUUUGGAAUGAAGUGUGUGCAGCCAAUGAAAAAACUAUUUUACUUUGGGAUAUUCGUUAGAAAUUACCAUUUAAUUGCAUUCUAGCACACUCAAUGCAAAUAACUUAAUGCAAAUACAAUGAAACUGGGAGAUAUGUAACCACAACUGGUUUAGACAAUGUGUAAAAAGUGAAAUAUAUUAUAAGUGUGCCCGUGUAUUUGAUUCAUAUGGAACAGAUUCUUUAGUGA